UUGAAGCAUGGCAUACAAGUUAAUUUACUUCCUGGUUCUUAUUUCUUCUUCAAGUAUUUAUGCACAAAAAAAUGAAUGCAAUUUAAACAAUUUUCGGACAAGUGGUAUUGUACCAAAUAAAUUAUCAUCUGUUCCUGCGGAAGCGAUGAAGAUUGAAUAUGACGGAGUACCAGUUACUUGUGGAAAUUUAUUAAGUCGUAAGGUGACUCAUGAUCCACCAACAGUAGUAGAGUACAAAGCCGACAAAAGCAAACUAUACACUCUAAUCAUGUUUGAUCCUGAUGUUACAACACCUCAAAACCCAGAUGUUGCCGAUUUCCGUCAUUGGCUAGUUGAAAAUAUUCCAGGAGACGACGUGAAAAGUGGAGAUAUGAUUUCCCCAUAUUUUCCUACAAAUCCAGCUCCUUACUCAGACGCUCACAGAUAUACUUUUGUAGUUUAUGAGCAACCAGAAGGCAAAAAGUUGAAUGACAACUUCCCAAACAAGCCCAACAAGAGAACCCAUUUCGACCUCAACAAGUUUAUUGAGGACCGGAAUCUCCAGGGUCCGAUUGCUGGGAAUUUCUUUUAUCUUCAUUACUGAUAACAAUUAAUGUAAUGCGUGAGGGACAGCUAUUUUAUUCACUUAACCCAGAUUUAACAAUUAUUUUCAUAAUACAAAUGGUUGCAUUUCAUUGUACAGUUUAAUAAUUUCAAUUGAAUGUUUGGAGACAUCAUUUUAUAAACAAAAAUGUUUACAUUUUGAGAUAUUUGCGUAUUAAAAAGUUUAGACAUGAAAUAUUGUUUAGUUAUUUUUAUUUUUAUUUAUUUUUUUCCUCUGUGGAAAAAUUUCUUUGUCACGUCCUCCCUAUUAUAUACCUAUGAAGUUGAGGAACGAUAACAAAAUGCAGAACUAAAGAGAUUCAACUUUUUCUUCCUGACUUAAAUGUAUACAAAAAAAUGAAACUAAGGUAAUCAAAUAAAAAGUGAAAAUAUAGUCCUUUAUAUAUUUAUUUAAAACUAGCAUCCACAUAGCAGUUCCCUUCACAAUAUAUAAACUAGUAAAGAAAAACACACAUAUUUUUGGUUUAUUAUAUUUCUAGGUACUAAAGAAAAAUAAGGCUUCUUAGAGUGCUAGUAACCUUA